CUUGUUUAUGACGGUACUAUCUUUUUGUAGCAUUUAAGGCUUUAUUUUUAUUUACUUUAAACGUGUUUAUAGUUUCUACUGAUAGAGAAACCCGAGGGAGUUUGUAGAGCGCAAUGCGACAAAAGAUAGUCAAGGGUAGCCAGUGAGCUGUGAGCUGCUGUACUGCUAGUUAGGUGCGGGCAGUGGUGAGCUGUGUUACAUAAAGUUCACCUCUACCCCGGCCCACAUCACUCUGUACUACUUCUAUUAAGGAUGGAGGGAGGACCAGAGAAGGUCAUGGAAGCAGCAGCUGAAGCUGCAGAGGAAGUUGGGGCAGAGCCGCUGGUGGGUAUGUUGGAUGUGUUACUUCUUACUGUGCUUGCUGGGGUGUCCGUCUACUACUUCUUCUUGCGAGACAACAACAAAAAGGAAGAAGUUUCGGCCCUCAAGAGCUUCACCAUAUCACCCACACAACUACAGUCACGUGUGAACGACAACAACUUUGUAUCAAAAAUGAAGUCAUCCGGAAGGAAUGUCAUAGUCUUUUAUGGCUCUCAGACUGGAACAGCUGAAGAAUUUGCCGGACGACUGGCUAAGGAAGCUACCCGCUAUGGCUUGAAGGGCAUGGUGGCUGACCCAGAAGAAUGUGACAUGAGUGAACUGGCACAACUUAGUGAGGUUGAGAACCAUCUGGCCAUUUUCUGUGUUGCCACUUACGGUGAAGGAGACCCCACUGACAACGCCCAAGAAUUUUACGAGUUUUUGCAAAAUGGUGAAGAGCAACUUGAUGGGGUACAAUUUACAGUAUUUGGCUUGGGCAACAAGACCUAUGAACACUACAAUGCCAUGGGGAAGUAUAUAGACAAGCGCUUGGUUGAACUCGGAGCAUCCCGAAUAUACGAGCUGGGAAUGGGUGACGACGAUGCUAACAUGGAAGAUGAUUUCAUCACCUGGAAGGAUGCCAUGUGGCCAAAGGUUUGUGAAAUCUUUGGCAUAGAAGCUCAGAACCUGGACAUUAACAUGAGGCAGUACAGGUUGACUGUUCACGAGGAGUAUGACCCGGCUCGUCUUUUCACUGGAGAGAUUGCUCGUCUGAAUUCACUGAAGGUUGGCAGCCAGAGACCUCCAUUUGACAGUAAGAAUCCAAUGAUGGCAGAAAUAUCUGUCAAUAGAGAAUUGUUCCAGGGUGGAGAUCGCAACUGUAUGCACAUCGAGCUGAACAUUGAGGGCUCAAGAAUAAGGUAUGAUUCCGGUGAUCAUGUGGCAAUUUAUCCCAUCAACGACCCUGCCCUCGUGAAUCGACUCACAGAACUUGUUGGAGAAGACCCUGAUAAAGUGAUCACCUUGACUAAUGUUGAUGAGGACAGUAGCAAGAAACACCCCUUCCCUUGCCCCUGCACCUAUCGCACAGCCCUCUCACACUAUGUUGAUAUUGCCUUCCUGCCCAGAACUCAUGUCCUUAAGGAACUUGCAGAAUACACAACUGAUACUGCGGAGAAGGAAAAACUGCUGCUCAUGAGUGGAACAAGUGAGGCAGGUAAAGCAGAAUACCAGCGAUGGAUUGUCCACGAUACACGCAGCAUUGUUCACAUUCUGGAAGACAUGCCAUCUUGUAAACCACCUCUUGACUACCUUUGUGAAUUACUUCCCAGACUUCAAGCAAGAUACUACUCCAUAUCUUCAUCUGGAAAGCUCCAUCCUAGCAGAAUCCAUGUGACUGCGAAUGUAUUGAAGUACAUUACACCUACAGGGAGAACAAAUAAAGGAGUGUGUACCACACAUCUUUACAAGUUAAAGCCUGACAAUGGCAUUAAGUAUUAUGUACCAAUCUUUGUCAGAAAAUCACAGUUCAGGUUACCCAGUAAGCCACAGACUCCAGUGCUGAUGAUUGGACCAGGUACUGGUAUUGCUCCUUUCAGAGGGUUUAUCCAAGACAGAAGCCAUCAGAAAGAAGAAGGAAAGCCUGUUGGGGAUACCAUCCUUUACUUUGGCUGUCGUAAUAAGGCCAAUGACUUUUUGUAUGAAGAGGAGCUAAUGGCAUAUAAAGAAUCUGGUCUUUUGAAGCUGUAUGUUGCAUUUAGCCGGGACCAACCAGAGAAGCGGUAUGUAACUCAUCUACUGGAAGAAAACAAGGCUGAAGUGUGGCGGGUAAUUGGAGAGGAAAAUGGUCAUCUGUAUGUGUGUGGAGAUGCCAAGAGCAUGGCUCGGGAUGUGAACACACUCAUAAACAAGAUUUGUCAGACAGUGGGGGGAAUGACUCAGAGUGAAGCAGAACUAUAUGUGAAGAAGAUGAUAAACACAAAACGCUAUUCUUCUGAUGUGUGGAGUUAAAAAAUCCUUUUUGUAAGAAAUGUUUUUUAUAUAGAUGUUCACAAUAUUAAAGUAACCAUACAUCAGUUCUUUAGUAAGAUUGGGAAUGUGGAUUUUUUUUUUCAUUAUGAAAUUUUACUAAAAGUGUGUUAAGAAUAUCUGUUGAAACAUUCUGUGUUGAAUUUUAGCUUGUAUCAAUACUUUUUAAAAUACCUGUAGUAUAGGAACAAAAAUUUGCAUAUACAGUAUUUUUUUGUAUAUAAAAUUAAUUUAGGCUGUUUUUAUUUUAAUAUAUUGAUUUUAGACUUUUAUAUUAAACAUAUUACAUUAUGAUAUUUAACUUUUAGAAGUACAGUAUUAAAGACUUGCAGAAAGUAAGUCUCAAAAUUAAUAGAUUUUAUAUUUUAUCUGCAUGAGACUAAAGGCUAAUGAGUAUGCCUAGCCUUAGAGUUUAUACAGAUUUUUAUUUACACAACUGAUAUUGCAUGUGUAUCCUCCUUUAGUCCUCUGCAGUAUCAGUCCUGUGCAGAAGACAUGUUUGUGUCUUUGUCCUGGUUCAGGUAAUAUCUAAUGAGUGUGAGAAAAUAGUAGUUGCACUGCCUUAUAUAGUAUUUACCAUAAGGGCAUUAAGAAACCUGCACUUAAGACUUAAUACAGUUCUAACUGCCAUUGUCAGUAGUAACAUUGUAUAUGGACUCGGUAGAUACUGUACCAAUUGAAACACGAAUAGUUUGAUACGAGGACAAUUGCUGGUUACAUUUGUGUGAAACUUUUAUGAUGUUGCAUUAGAUAUUGUGGUGAAUUCACAACUAGAAGAUGUCUGUUCAACAUUAACCCUUAAAAGGCGGCCAUCAUCAUGGGAAUUUAGCUGUACUGACAGCGGCCAUUAUCAGUUGACGUUUUAUGUUCCUUGCUUUCCAUUUUUGCAUGUAUGGGGGCAGAGUAGGAAAUCCUCAACUGCUGAUUAAGGGUUAAGUGUGUGUCAUGGUGGUUGUUCUGUUGCCCUGAAAGAGUUAAGUACUCACUCACCCAAAAGUUGCAACCUCCAUUAAAUCAAAUAGUUUAAUAUCCUGUGGUUCAUUUCUUCUUCUUUCACCCUAUGUUCUUCUGAUAAGGAUUUUUUUUACUCAGGCAGUGAAAAUAGAAAUUAGGUUCACUUCCUUAGACUUUGAACUAUGACUACAUCCAGGUUGACUGAAGUGGAUAGAGGGAUUUUUAUCUGGCGAUCUGCGAGUAUAUGCAGCAACAGUAAUAUCAUCUGAUUCCUGAGGUAUUUGUUGCUCCCCGGGGUCUGUGAAGUAAAAUACUUUGUGUA